AUGCACAAUUUUCUUCGUAAACAGGGAAUUCAUUAUAGUAUUUAUGUUAUAGAACAGCAAGAUGACAAGCCAUGGAACAAAGGUCUUCUCUACAAUAUAGGAGCAAAACAAGCUAUAGCCGACCAAUUUCCAUGUCUUAUUCUCCAUGACAUUGACCUUCUUCCCUUAGAUGUUGGAAAUUUAUAUGCAUGCCUUCAUGAACCACGCCACAUGAGUGCUAGUAUAGAUAAGUUUAGAUAUGUGUUAACAUAUGACUAUUUGGUUGGUGGAGCCCUGGCAAUUCAAACGGAGCAGUAUAUAUCAGUUAAUGGGUUUUCAAAUAGAUUUGAAGGCUGGGGUGGAGAAGAUGAUGACUUUGCAGGACGGAUUGCAUCGAAAAACCUAAAAGUUUUAAGAUUUCCACGAGAGCUAUCAAGGUACACAAUGAUGCUCCAUCGUCAGGAACAAAAGAACAAAGACCGGGGACGCAUUAUGACGGAAAAUAAAAUGCAUUACCACAAGGAUGGGCUCAACUCAGUAGAGUAUGCAAUAAAGAGUGUUAAAAGAAACCGUCUGUUUACAAUCAUUGGUGUCAAAUUA